AUGUCAUCUCGAAGGCGUCGGUCAAGGGCCGAAGUCGAUGAUGACGACAGUUCGGAAAAUCCUACACCAGCGCAGUCUGCGAAAAGAUCUCGCACAUUACAUUACGAAUCUGAGGAAGGAACUUCUAGGCCCGAUACUUCGCCAUCCUCUAGAGACGAAGAUGACAGACGAAAGGUCGGAGGCAUUUCCGACUCUCCCGCAAUCAGAUCGGGACGCGGCAAAUUCGCUCCGGGAGCUAUAGUUCGGGUCAAGCUCAAUAAUUUUGUUACUUACGAGAGUGCUGAAUUUUUCCCGGGUCCAAAUUUGAACAUGGUGAUUGGUCCAAAUGGUACGGGCAAGAGUUCCUUGGUUUGUGCCCUCUGCUUGGGCUUGGGCUCUUCUCCAAAACACCUCGGUCGGGCAGAUAAAGUCGGGGAAUUCGUCAAACAUGGUUCAAAGGAUGCAUUCAUCGAAAUCGAGCUCCAAAAAAGAAGCAACGAGCGUGAGAAUCAUAUCAUCAAAACUCGAAUUCUUAAAGAUGGGAAUAAUUGCGAAUUUUGGAUAAACAACAAAAGAGCAAGCCAUAAAAAUGUUCUAGCUUUAGUCAAAGGAUUCAGCAUUCAGAUCGAUAAUCUUUGUCAGUUCUUACCACAGGACAAAGUUUCCGAGUUUGCAGCAUUGACACCUGUCGAACUCCUCCAUCAUACACAAAGAGCAGUUGCUGCACAAGAGAUGUUGGACUGGCAUGAUGAGCUCAGGAAUUUGAGAAAAGAGGAGAAAUCGAGGCAAAUGCAGCUCGACCUAGAUAAGGAACAAUUGACCAAUCUGGAAAAACGACAGGCAGGGCUGCGUCCGGAAAUGGAACGUCUCGAAGAGCGUAUUCAGAUCGAGAAGAACUUAGAGAAGCUGAAGAAUAGUAUUCCCUUUGUAGAAUAUAGACAGGCACGGCUUCGACAUACGGAAUGUAGGAAUGAGAAGAUAGCAGCAACAAAACGGUUUAAAACUUUGGAGAGCCAGGUCGAACCGACUUUGCGGCUAGUUAACAAGAAGGAUUCGCUGGAGAAGAAGUUAGCCAAGGCCGUUUCCAAUCGCAAGAAGAACCUUCAACUUGCGGAAGCAGCUGCAGAUGAGCUUUUGAAGAAAGUCGAGGAAUGGGAUGACAAAAUAGGUGAUUGCGAUCGGAGAGUAAAAGUUGUUCAGGAGGCAGAGGAUAAACGCAGGAAAGAUUUAGCGAAGGUUAGAAGGGCCAUAAUUGACCUCGAAGCCCGACUUCGAGAACCUGAAAUAGAGUUCAAUGCUGUUGAGUACAAUCAGCGCAUUAGAGCAAUUGAGCAGGAUAUCAAAGCCAUCCAAGACAGGAUUCAAGAGCUUCGAGAAAGCCGAGAAGUACUCAAAUCCAAAGGUCGAGACCUACGAGCCGAACAAGACAAGGCGAAGCAGGACCUCGCCGACUUCGACAGUCAAGCUGGAAGACAAAUUAACAAGAUUGCCCAGCAUUCCAGAGAUACUGCGAUGGCUUGGAAGUGGGUUCAGGACAACCCGAAUCAGUUUGAGAAGGAGGUAUACGGGCCCCCUUUGAUUACAUGUUCUGUGAAGGACCCAAGAUAUACCGAUGCUGUUGAAUCAUUGUUCCGUCAGAGCAAUAUGCUCACCAUCACCGCACAAACUCAAGCUGAUUACAAGCUAUUAAAUGAUCAAUUCCAUUCUGCAGAAAUGAGGUUGGCUGAAGUCAGAACCCAGAUGAGCACCCAGACCCUAGCCGAGACUAUUGGGCGACCGUCAGCUACUAUUGCCGAAUUGAACAGUAUAGGUCUUGAUGGUUGGGCUAUUGAUUUCAUUGAUGCCCCGGAGCCAGUCCUUGCAAUGUUGUGCAAUGAUAUUAAAGCUCAUAGGACGGCCGUCACCCUCCAAGAUGUCACCGAGGAACAGCAUGAAAGGAUUAUCCGCGCCGGGAUCACCUCUUUCGUGACGAAAACCACCUCUUACAAGAUCACGACGCGAAGAGAAUAUAACGCAUCAUCAACCCAAACUUCGGGAAUUAAUCGAGCUAGAUUUUUUAUUGAUGGUGUUGUAGACACUUCGGGGCGGCGUAUGAUCGAAGAAAACCUCCAAGAACUCGGCCGAAAAUUCGAGGCCCUGAAGGAGGAAAACAAGGACAUAAAUGAUAAGAUCGAGCAAUAUUCGAGUACUAUGACCCCGAAAAAAGAUGAAAAGGACGCGAUUAUAGCCGAUAAACAACAAAAGCAAAAGGCUUAUGGUGAACAAAGAGCUCUCCCUGGACUGCUUGCUCGAGAGAAGGAGUCUUUGGAGAGAUUGGAAUCAUCUAGCUCUGAAUCUAGGGCGGAGAUUCAAUCAAUCCUAAAAGAGCAGGAUGUUGCUGGCCUCAAGAAAGGGGGAGAUGUGAUGAAACAUAUCGAGCAAAUCAAUCAGAUCAUGGUUUGCUCCGAAGAACUUGACGAAGCCGAAGCUCGACGUAUUGAAGCGGAUUCGGAUGCCCACGCUUUACGGGAGCGCAAUCGUGAUAUAGUCGCAAACCUUGACGCGGAACGUACACGGUUACAGGAAAUCGAAGCACAAUCAAAGCUGGCAACUGAAACGGCACGAGUUGCGCUCGAUGCUUGCAGAAAUCUCAGAAGGGAGGCCGAGGAGAGAAAUGACACUGAGUCUUUAGAAUACUUCAGCAAUAUCUCCGAGGAUAGAACCGUGGAAAGUCUACAGCAGGAAAUAAACAGCGAGGAGCAUAAACUCAAUUACAUUCAAGCUAACAAUCCGAAUGCCAUUCGAGAGUAUGAGAAACGCCAGGUUGACAUUAGCCGAUUAAACACCAGGAUCACUAGUACCGAGAGUGAACUAGGGGACGUUACGCAGAAGGUUACUCAGAUCAUGAGGACAUGGGAGCCAAAACUUGAUGCACUUAUUGAGCAAAUUAGUCAGGCAUUCUCGCAUAAUUUUGAGCAAAUUGGUUGUGCUGGUGAAGUUGGUGUGUAUAAAGAAGACGAUUUUGAAAAAUGGGCGAUUGAGAUUAAGGUCAAGUUCAGAGAAAAUGAGACCCUUCAGCUUCUUGACAAGCAUCGCCAAUCCGGAGGUGAACGUUCCGUCUCCACUAUUUUCUACCUCAUGUCUUUACAAUCGCUUGCUCGCUCCCCUUUCCGCGUUGUUGAUGAGAUUAAUCAAGGAAUGGAUCCUCGUAAUGAACGAAUGGUCCAUGGACGUAUGGUCGAGAUCGCAUGUCAGGAGCAUGAUAGCCAAUAUUUCCUCAUCACACCAAAAUUACUUCAUGACUUGAAAUACCAUCCAAGAAUGAAGGUUCUGGUUAUUGUGAGUGGUGAACAUAUGCCAGAUGAUAAUACGAAUUUCAGUGUAAAAGGUACGCUAGAGACCAGGAGACGUAUGAGGGGCAUUGCUGCUGCGUAG